CAAAUGUAUAUGUAAAAAAAAGCUUUUAGAACGUAAAACUGAAGAUCAUCUUGUCAGGAGGAGGAGGAGGAGGAGGAGAACCCCAGCUCCGCAGCCAGCGCGCAGCCAGACCAGACGGCCCGGGUGCAGCCACGGGACCAGCCCUUCCUGGACCUUCAGGCGGGGGGGUUCAGGAUGCUGGAGAGGGAGCUGGGCUCUCUAACCUCCCGGGUUAAAAUACAAUUGAAUAACUUACAAUUUGUUGACAGCGUUUCUCUCGUGCGCGUGCAUGCUCUCUCUUUCUCUCUCGCAGUCUCACUCUGUUUCUUUUCUUUUGGCUUUUCUAAGAUGACAGAUGCUGAAUAUAUAGCCUAUUCCCUAUCUGAUGCUGUGGCUGUUUGUGGCUGGCUGAGAGGGAUGUGAACUUAUUAGUUUGCAGCUGUGUUAAUCAAAUCAGGUUGGGUUUCCAUUACGCGUGCCAAACGUGCCAAACGGUGCCAAUCCCCUUUGAUCUGAUAUCAGAUGUGACGGGACAGUCGAUAUAGAGAUACAUUUAUCGUCUCCUCAGCUGUAAAACGCUCACUCUUUCCAGUUGGUAGGUCCACCAUCUAACUAGCUCUCUGGCGUGCGCUCCAAUCGCGCCUCUUUUAAAGGGAAUGAGAGGUGACACUCUGAUUGGCUUAUUGAAUGAUACACCCAAAACACACCCAUGACUAAUUCACAGAGUAAGUCCAACCAUAGACAUAAUAAAGAGUAGACACCGCAUUGGCUGCUGGGGCGCAAGAAAUGUGGCCGCCAUCUUGAACCAGUCAUCCUACCCAGAAGAUACAAGAUGCCUGAGCACUGUGCGGCGUAUUCCUGUUCAAAUCGGCGGACUAUUGAAAACAGGGCUCGGGGGAUUACUUUUCACAAGUUUCCCAAAGUCAAAGAUGUGAGGAAGAAGUGGGAAGUGGCUUUGAGGAGGGAAGGAUUCACUGCAAGUGAUUCAUCCGUGCUUUGCAGUGAGCAUUUGAAGCAGGACGAUUUUGAUAGGACAGGUCAGAUUGUCCGACUCAGAGAUGGUGUUAUUCCAUCCAUCUUCAGCUUACCGGUUCACCUCCAAAGGGUAGAAAAGGGCAGGACUACAUCUACCUCCAGAAGAACUGAAGAGAGCCUGUCCGUGGCCUCUCAGGAUGCCCCAGAAACUGCAACCUCACACCCACAACCUCAGCCUAAUGAUGAUCAUGGCUAUGCCUUGCCUACUUCUCCUACCUCUCUUAAGACCAGACUCAAUGAAGCCCUAGCAAGAGUGGAAAGUCUGGAGCGAGAGAAGAAGAACGCCAUGGCCAGAGAAAAGAGGGCAAAGACCACAGUGAAGAGUCUUUUGGGGGAUUUGAGGGAAAAGAACCUCAUUAAUGAAGAGCUCUCUCUAUAUAUAUAUAUCUAUCUAUAUGAAUUAUAUUGAUACUCUCUCAGAGGGAUCUUUUGAACAGCAGUGGGAGUCCAUCAGCCCAAGCUCGUGUGUUUAGGAGACCCCAGUACAACAGCUCAGUACAUCAUCGUGGCAAAGAAUGACAAAGUCGCCAUCCCACUUCAAGAUGAGGG